AUGGGUUUUGUGGACUUUGCGAUUGACCUCGCGGCAGUGCUCAAUGCCUCUCGGUCUGUCGCAUCAAAGCAUGUCGCUCUUCGCGGCCGGCAGUUCGACGUCUACAGCAGAACGUCGAGCGUUGCGUCGCUGUUGAGGAAUAGGGCUGCUGGUUCGGUGCAGACGGAAGUUCCAGAGCAAAAGGAGCCGGCUGAUGGAGGCGAGGCUGUGGGAAAGGAGGCUGUGAAUGCUGAGGACUUUGGUGAGAAGAGCUCCGAGUCUACGGCUUCAUCUGCGCCGGUGUCUGAGGGACCAAAGGCGGGGGAUUUCAAGCUCCAUGAGCAGCCAAUUUUCAAAACUUCUCUAUCUGGAAGCGAUUCCAAACGGCAAACUAUAGAGAAGGCGUCUGCGACUCCCUCUCCGACUCAGAGCCAGGACCAGCCCAGUGAAGAGUUAGACGUACCGCAGGGGGUCGAUGUCAACAUCUUUCACACUGCGCGGGGCUCCCAAAUCCUCGACUCACUACGCAAACAACGAGGAAGGGCGGAGAGCCGUGGAGAGACUGCUGGAAGCACUGCGAAGGAGCAUCCUCUGCGUUAUUGGCCGCGGCCACCCCCGGUUGUGGAAGAUGUCGCUGAAGCAACUACCACUACUCCUUCAACUACCCCCGUGACUGAAAGCAGCAGUGUUGAAGCUACGAGUCAUGAAUCACAGCCGAGUGCACAGCAAUCGGAGUCUAUAGAAGCCACAACACCGGGAUCAAUAGAUACGCCGCAGCCUGAACCCCAGGUCGUACCAGAGGCUGUACCUGGUACUACAUCAGAGACUUCGCCAGAGACUUCACCAAGCCCUGAUACCAUCAAGGUGAAUGAGGAAAUAAUCGAAGCUGUGAAAGCGACGAUCAACCCUGAGACGCCGCCUGCGAACGUACCUAGUUAUCAGCUUCGCGAGUCAAAAGUACCGGCUACCCGAUUCAGUCGUAUCCUCAACUAUGGUGGUCUGGCCGCUGGAAUGUUAGGCGGAGCUGUGACGGAGAGCGUGAGCAGAGCCUUUGGAGGAGGUGGUGAAGGGUCUGUGUUGCUCAGUGGCGGUAACAUGGAGAGAUUGGUUGCAAAACUGUCUCGAAUGAGAGGUGCUGCUCUGAAGCUGGGACAAAUGAUGAGCUUUCAAGAUUCGAAAAUGCUCCCGGCUCCUCUCCAGGAGGUGCUGCAGCGGGUUCAGGACCGAGCUGACUACAUGCCGGCGUGGCAGCGGGAUCGGGUCUUGACUAGUAAUCUUGGAUCCGACUGGCGAGACCUCUUCAGUGAGUUUGAGGAGAAACCGAUUGCGGCUGCAUCCAUCGGCCAAGUACACAGGGCCGUGCUCAAAUCAAACGGGAAGAGAGUAGCUGUCAAGAUCCAAUUUCCAGGCGUGGCCGACUCCAUCAACUCUGACCUGGACAAUCUCGGCAUCUUGCUCACGGCCACAAAACUGCUUCCUAGGGGUCUCUACCUGAACAAGACGAUUGACAAUGCGAGACUGGAACUUGGUUGGGAAUGCGACUAUUCGCGCGAGGCAGAAUGUGCGAAGCGGUACAAGGAGCUGCUCCAGGGCGAGGAGGACGUUUUCGAAGCCCCAUAUGUUUAUUUGGAGGCAUCUGGUAAGCAAGUCUUGACCAUGGACUUUCUCGACGGCAUUGGCGUCACCCGUGUCAAGUCGUUUACGCAGGAGCAGCGCGAUUGGAUUGGCACGCAGAUCCUUCGGUUGUGCUUGAGGGAGAUUACAGAGUUCAAGUUUAUGCAGACCGAUCCCAACUGGACCAACUUCCUCUACAAUGCCGGCACCAACAAGCUUGAGCUUCUUGACUUUGGCGCCUCGCGGGAAUUCCCAGAGGAGUUCAUCUCGCAGUACGUGCAGCUCCUCGAAUCUGCAUCACGGUCCGACAGGGAGGGCGUCAAGAAGUUCUCUGAGGGCCUAGGAUACCUGACGGGCCACGAGAGCAGGACGAUGCUGGACGCGCAUAUCCAAUCGGUCCUCACACUAGCGGAGCCAUUCCUUGCCUCAGCCCCUGAGGUGUAUGACUUCAAGGACCAGACUAUUACGGAGCGAGUCAAGGCUCUCAUUCCAGUCAUGCUUAACGAACGACUGGCGCCACCUCCCGAGGAAACGUACAGCCUGCACCGGAAGCUGAGCGGCGCGUUUCUGCUGUGCGCGAGACUGGAGAGUAAAGUUAGGUGUCGCGAGCUGUUUGCCGACAGCGUGAUCAAGUCGGGCUAUGUUGAGCGCGCCUGA